CGUCCUUCCUCCCAUCCUGCUGCCCUUCUCCACCUGCCUCAAGAGUAUAAAUACGGGCCUUAUCCCAUUGCGAGGUAGAGUUGCUCAGGCUCUCGGUGCUGUUAACAUCCUCCACCUCCGCUCCGCUGCGUCGGGAUCACUACGAGGAUGAAGGUGCUGCUGCUGUCGCUGCUGGUGGGCUGCGUGGCCGGGGCCUCAUUUGAGAGACAACGCAGGCAGUUAUUCGGCAAUGGUUUAAGCCUACAAUCAUCUCUUGGAGGUUACCUUCCACCUCCACCGGACAAGUGCGUGCCUUCCACUGUCUAUCGCACACAGACCCAGUACUCAACUCAAGUGGUUCCCUCCACCGUCUAUAGAACCGAUGUCCAGUACAUCACGCGGACAGACUACAGAACCCAGCAGGUGUACACCACCGUCUACUCGGAGGUCGUGCGAACCCAACAGAUCCCCUCCAUCGUCUACCAGACAGCGACUGUGACCCGCACGGAGGACAGGGUGCGCACCCAGGUCGUCACUCUCCCUCCUCAGGUCAACUACGUCACACGCACACAAGAGGUCGUCCGCACCCAAGUCCAGUACCAGACCAGGUACUCCACCCGCAUCCAGCAGGUGCCCACCACCGUCACCAGGAACGUGGUGUCCACUCAGGUGGUGCCCCAGCAGGUUUACAGCACCGUCUACCAGACCCAGACGGUCACCAGGACCCAGCAGCUUCCGGGACAGACCCGCACCGUGCAGAGCACCCAGUACAGCACUGUCUACUCCACCACGGUCAUCCCCGCCCCCGAUGUGGUGCGCUCCACCACCGUGUACAGGACCAACGUUGUCACCCGAACCGUCACCCAGCCAGGACAGACACAAGUAGUCACCAGCACCCAGGUGGUGCCUGUCACCACCACCAUCGUUUCUGAGGUGGUGCUCACCAAUACACAGACCCAGUAUGUCACCCGCACACAGGUGCAGCAGCAGACCACCACCGUGUACCGCACGCAGCAGGUGCCCCAGUACGUCACCAGGACGGUGACGGUGCCCCAGCAGGUGGUCAGCACUCAGGUGUCAACACAGGUGGUGCCCACAACCAUCUACACUCAGCAGACUAUCCAGACCACUGUCUACCAGCCAGCCCAGACCCAGUACGUAACUGUCACCCGCACUGCCGUGAACACCCAACAGCUGCCCGGCAGGACCCGCACCCAGUUCGUCACCAACACCGUCUACAACACCAACUACGUCACCUCCACCACCUACAGACCAGUGUACAACACCAUCACUGCCACCACCACCGUCCAGCCUGACUGUAAAACUGGUUACGAUUACAAAGCUCCUGCCAGGCCCUUCAACGCCUUAGGACGUUAAGUGAGGGAUUGGAGAAUAAGGCAGUACGGACGCAAUCCUCCAACCAGCGCCCUAGCCUGCUGUACCUCACCUUUCAUUGUUCUUCUCGGAGAGCAAGAUUCAUCACAUCAAUGAGAUGGUCCACUUCCGAUCUUUUGUUUGGUCAACGAUACCAAACAAUCUUAUACUAACCACAGAAACGUAAUACAAAAGUAUGCUUCGAUCAACUCUAUUUGUAUGGUAUUUAAUAUAAAAUACAAUAAAAUAUUACAGUAA